ACACACACAGGAGAGAAACCUUAUAGCUGUGAUCAAUGCGAGAAGAGUUUUACUACAUCUACCAGUCUGACUAUACACCAGAGAAUACACACAGGAGAGAAGCCUUAUAGCUGUGAUCAAUGUGGGAAGAGUUUUAGUCGAUCAAGCAAGCUGAUGGUACAUUUGAGAAUGCACACAGGGGAGAAACCUUAUAGCUGUGAUCAAUGCGAGAAGAGUUUUACUACAUCUAGCCAUCUGACUAGUCACCAGAGAACACACACAGGAGAGAAACCUUAUAGCUGUGAUCAAUGCGAGAAGAGUUUUACUACAUCUAGCCAUCUGACUAGUCACCAGAGAACACACACAGGAGAGAAACCUUAUAGCUGUGAUCAAUGCGAGAAGAGUUUUACUACAUCUAGCCGUCUGACUAGUCACCAGAGAACACACACAGGAGAGAAACCUUAUAGCUGUGAUCAAUGUGGGAAGAGUUUUACUCAAUCAAGCUCCCUGAUAGUACAUCAGAGAACACACACAGGAGAGAAACCUUAUAGCUGUGAUCAAUGUGGGAAGAGUUUUAGUCAAUCAAGCAACAUGAUGGUACAUUUGAGAACACACACUAGAGAGAAACCUUAUAGCUGUGAUCAAUGUGGGAAGAGUUUUAGUGAUUCAAACAACCUGAAGGUACAUUUGAGAACACACACUAGAGAGAAACCUUAUAGCUGUGGUCAAUGUGGCAAGAGAUACGCUGGUAAAAGAACUCUGAUUAAACAUCAGAAAGUACAUACAUGAAGGAGUUGUUUCAUGAUAUCAAUUAAAUAAUGUCACAAUGUUUUAA